AUAUAAUAUCCCAUAAUAUAAUAAUGUUGACGUUAGAGAAUACGUGCAGUGCGAGGUUGAGUACAGCUGAAAUUUACCAAAAGGAGAAAAUACGGAUUUUGAAUUUCAGAGUGUCGCAAAAUUGAUAAGGAGUAGAAAAAGGGUGCAACGAAAACCAAUUGCAUCUGCCAUCGAUCUUCUAGGAUAUUUCCAAGCUGCUUGUCGCCAUUUAUUACGUUGUUGCUAUCGCCAUGACCUUCGUCUUUUACCUUCCAUGCCUUGCAGUCGUCUAGUUACAGCACAGUCACUUGGAAACCCAAACUUUCAGGCAAUCAGCUCGCACUUAAAGACCUCUACAAACAAAAUGGACUUUUCGAAUGCUCUUUGUCGCAAUGAGCCGCAUCAGCGUACUAUUAUUCACCUUGACAUGGACUGUUUUUAUGCACAGGUUGAAGAGAUACGAGAUCCAACUUUGCGCACGCGCCCACUUGGUAUACAACAAAAAAGUUGCUUAGUCACAUGUAAUUAUGUGGCUCGUGAGUUCGGCAUAAAAAAAUUAAUGUCAAUUGAGGAGGCACAGCGACUCUGUCCUACCCUAAUUUUAGUCAAUGGUGAAGAUUUGACUCCUUAUCGACAAAUGUCUCAGCGCAUAUUUGAUGCACUAUUGGCUUUUACACCAUUAGUGGAAAAGCUGGGUUUUGACGAAAACUACUUAGACGUAUCGGCACAAGUGCGUGGUCGCAUUGAAAAGAACUUAUAUCAACAUAUGGACGGUUCAAUAGCCUCACCAACUGCAUUCCCAAAAGUCGAAGGUCAAGUGUAUCCUGAAAACGGCGACUUUAUGUCUAGUUGUGCCUGUGGUUGUGCACAGCGUUUAGCGGUGGGUUCGCAAAUUGCCAAGGAAAUACGAAUGAACUUGCAUGAUCAACUCAAUAUCACCUGUUGUGCUGGGAUAUCAUAUAACAAAUUAUUGGCCAAAUUAGUUGGAUCCCAACAUAAGCCUAAUCAGCAGACUGUCUUGUGUUCCAACUAUGCAGAACAGUUCAUGCGCGAUUUAAAUGGCUUACACAGAGUUACUGGGAUUGGGCAAAAGACCGAGUCAUUGUUGCUAGAGAGUGGAAUUGCUAAUAUUACGGAGUUGCAAAAUUGCAGUAUGGAUUCCUUGAGAAAGAAGUGCGGCUUUGAAACGGCCUCGAAAUUGAAAGAUUUGGCUUUUGGAAGAGAUAUGAGUUCUGUGCGUCCAUCUGGAAAACCAAAAACUAUUGGACUGGAAGAUUCAUGCCGUCCAAUAUCAGUACGUACCGAGGUUGAGGAACGUUUCCGUUUGUUGUUAAUGCGUCUAGUUGAGCAAGUUGCAGACGACGGCCGUAUUCCUGUCGCUAUCAAAAUCAUUCUACGCAAAUUUGAUCGCCAAAAAAAGACCAGUCAUCGUGAGACUAAGCAAGUGAAUAUUUUGCCCUCCCUCUUUAAGUCACUGCCAUACACUGAAUCUGGUGGUCCCAAAGUCAUACUGGCUGAUGGCUCUCAAGAAAAGCUGUUAAAAAUCAUACUACGCCUUUUCGAACGCGUCGUAGACCUGACCAAACCGUUUAAUAUUACUCUGAUUGGGUUAGCAUUUUCAAAAUUUCAACAACGUAAGCUCGGUUCUUCAUCCAUUGCGAACUUUCUCAUCAAAAAAACCGAUUUAGAAGUUCAAUCUAUUACAUCGUUAACAAACACAGAUGUAACCACAUCAUCGGAAAGUCCAACACCUUCGAUUUCAUCAACAAAUAGCGACGACGCUUUCCGUUCAUCGCCUACUACAUUUCAGUCCAGUGAUCAGUUUUACCGUCGACGUGCAACUGCCGCUUCACCCAUUCCCAUGUUGAUUGACAACGGUUCUGAAUCUGCGGCAACAAAUUCAGACUUUUCGGAUUUUUCCGAGACCGAGAUAGAGCCUUCACCCAAAAAGAGUCGGAUUGGGCGCCUAUUAAUGGCAAAACGACGCUGCCUCGGAAGCUCAGCCGUUUGCAGCUCCAAUGAUGCCGCCGACGUUGCGUCACCGAGUAAAUUACGGGUUUGUGAUCUACGUUUAAAUUCACGUGACAGUGAGAAAGAUUUCGUUGCCAGUCCAACAAGCGUUUCGACAAGUGCUACCACUUCUUCAGCUGCGUCAUCAACAUCGCCAGCUUCAAUGACGUCAUUCACUCCUCUGCAGCGUUUUUGUACAAUACAGCCUCCAUCGACUUUACUUAUGAAAAUUAAUCGCGGAACGGUAACCAAUCGUCCUUAUGUAACACAACGCCAAAUCUCAUCAACGCCUUCGUCCACAACUUCUUCACCAUUACCAUCGCCAAUGGAUGAAACUUGCAGUGUCGCUAGUACACUGGCAACUGUCGACAUUCCAGCAGCAAAACAAGUAGGAGAUAUUUUACUAUCCGCCGACACACAGAUAGAUGCUUUCACAGGUGAAACAACUAACUCUGAUGUGGUCUCCACCACAACAAGUACAACUACCAUUACCGGAAAUCUAUCGAACAUUCCCUGUCCGGCCGGUGUGGAUACGGCAGUUUUCAAUGAGUUGCCAUUAGAUGUCCAAAACGAAUUAAUUGAAUCUUGGCGCAGUUCACUGGCUGCAGCUGCAGUUGCCGUAGCCAAUGGUAAUAUUAGACCAACCAGUAGUGAAGUUUCGCCUGGUGCAGCAUCUUCCACUCAGACAACUACCACGGUUGCCACUAGAGCUGGCGGUGCAUCGCCAAAUACGAACAGUACACAAAAAAAUACCCUUUACAGGUAUUUCCUGCGAAACAAGUGAUAUCUGUAAGGCUCAUUUUAAAGUAUUUAAUUUUCUUUGAGAUGGGCAAAUGCAUGUUGACGUAUGUAUGUGCAAGGGCAAGAAAUAAAUAUCCAAAAGUAACCAUUAAUUUGCCGCAUGGUUCUCAAUUUAUACCAUAACUUUUUAA